AAUUUCUUUUCAUGUGCAGCAAGAAUAAUACAAAUACUACAGCUGAGGGUCUGUUUCCAACCAACAGCAGAAUGUUAACUGUCAGGUUAACCUGCCAAAUAUCUCAGAAAAAGAUACAAAAUGGAGCAAAAACAAUCAAAAAGGAGGGAAGAGAUCAGCCUGCUUUGGAAAAACGAGGUGGGCUGAGCUGCUGAAUUUGGCACCGCCCAGCAAAGUUCGCGCCAACAGUCCUCUUUUACGUCCGCAGACACGCUUUAAAUGAAGAAGCUCUAACACUGUAUCUCACAUUCGACUUUUAACUUGUUUAAAAGAAGAACAAUAAAAAUGAGUGGUAGAGGCAAAGGCGGUAAGGGACUCGGUAAAGGAGGCGCUAAACGUCACCGUAAAGUCCUCCGUGAUAACAUCCAGGGAAUCACCAAGCCCGCCAUCCGCCGUCUGGCUCGCCGUGGCGGUGUGAAGCGUAUCUCCGGUCUGAUCUACGAGGAGACCCGCGGAGUGUUGAAGGUGUUCCUGGAGAAUGUGAUCCGUGAUGCCGUCACCUACACCGAGCAUGCCAAGAGAAAGACCGUGACCGCCAUGGAUGUGGUUUAUGCUCUGAAGAGGCAGGGACGCACUCUGUACGGCUUCGGAGGUUAAACGUGAUCCUGACCUGCUGAUCUCCAAACACAAAGGCUCUUUUAAGAGCCACC